AUUUCACUUUAAAUUGACUAGAAAUAUGUUUGGAAAACUUGUUGCUUUCUUGGUGAUCACUGUUGCCAGUGCAAGAGAUCUGUACCUCUUCAACAAGUUGGAUACAGAUAUUAUUGUUUCCAUCACUGGAAAAUCUGAUGUGUCUUUAGGUGUAGGAACUGAGGAAAUUGUGUCUGUAUCAGAAGAAUUCCAAGGUAGAAUCGUUGCCAAAAAUGCCGACUGCAAGAGUGAAAUUUGUGACAGCGUUGUAACACUUGUAGAAUUGACUCUGAAUGAGAAUGUAGACUUCUAUGAUGUCUCCCUCAUUUCAGGCUUUAACCUCCCCGUCAGGGUAGUGGCGCGUUCCUCCGGCUUCUGCAGAGAAGCAUCCUGUUUCAACGAAAACCUGUUAAAAUCUUGUCCCAAUGAAAACAAAGUAGAAGUUGAUGGUGCUUUAGUUGCUUGCAAGUACACCUCUAAACUUUUCGCCGAAUGUUAUGAGGCCAUUUCAUCUGAUGAUGAAUCGGCAAUUUUUAAUUGCCGGGGGCAACCCAAAUACAACAUUAUCUACGAAUUUGUUUAAUAAAAACAAUAGCUUUGUCGAAUUAUAUUAUUAAUUCUG